UAUCAUUUUCAAUUUUGACGACCCAUUAAUCCAAAAGUUGAUACAUACAUAUAUAUACAAUCAAAUUAAUUUGUUGGGGGAUUGUUUUCGCAAUACUCAGGGUUUAGUCAAAUGAGUUUUCCUCCAUGGAUGAUAACGACGUCGGUAAUGGUCGCUUUGUUGGACGUUUUUUUCUUCCUUAGUGCAGAUGCAGCAAGAACCGUUGGAGGUUUUGAUCAUAAGAAUGUUGCAUUUGAUCAAAAUUAUAAUGUAACUUGGGGAAACCAUCACGCUCAGUUACUUAAUCAAGGAAAGGAGGUUCAAUUGUUGUUGGAUCAAUCUUCAGGUGCUGGAUUUGCGUCGAAAUCAUAUUAUGGAUCUGGUUACUUUCAGAUGAAGAUUAAGCUACCCGCCAAGGAUUCUGGUGGUGUGAUUACUGCUUUUUAUAUGUUUUUAAAUACAACUAUACAUGAUGAGUUAGACUUCGAGUUCUUGGGAAAUCGACCAGGCAAACCUAUUACUUUACAAACAAAUGUAUUUGCGAAUAGUAUUGGUGGUAAAGAGCAAAAAUUCACUCUUUGGUUUGAUCCCGCAACGGAUUUCCAUUACUACAAAUUGUUAUGGAACCACCAUCAGAUUGCAUUUUUUGUGGAUGACACGCCAAUAAGGAUAUAUAAGAACAACAUAAACAAAGGUGUAGGAUACCCUAACAAUACAAUGCAAGUGAAAGUGAGCUUAUGGGAUGGGUCUUCUUGGGCUACUGAUGGGGGCAAAACGAAGGCCAAUUGGACAAAUGGACCAAUUGAAGCCCAUUUUCAAGAUUUUAAGAUUGAUGGAUGCCUCUCGCCAGUCAAUAAUCGUAAUAAGGAUUGUUUUGCCCAAGACUAUUGGUGGAACACCAAAACCUACUGGCAAUUGGACACAAAACAACAGAAAGCUUAUGAUGAAGUGAGAAAAAAGUAUAUGAAUUAUGACUAUUGUAAUGAUAAGAGUAGGUAUCCUACCCCUCCUCAUGAGUGCACUGGGUGAAAAGAUGAAAAAAAAACAACUUCUUCGUUAGUAAUAUGCAUGGGACUUUGGGUUGGUUACUUAUGAGCUGUAAUACACUCAAUGCCCAGUCUUCAACUCUAGCAAUAAGAUUGAAGAUUUUUUAUUCUUCAUUUCUUAUUAAAAUUUGGUACCAAAAUGAGUAAAGCUUUGUGUUUUCUGUAAGACCCGUGGAUCUCGGAAGAAAACUCUUACAGGAAGUUUGCAUGAUUUAGGGAUAGAGCCAUAGGGUGAUCACGCUUCUUUUGAACCCCACAAAUUUGUGAGACCCGGAUAUUGAUACCAUGCUGUCGGACAAAGAUACUUGCAUUAGACCUCAUGAAGCGCACAAUUUAUUUAGAAUGAGCCACAUUUUUCAGGAAGAUGAAGAUCGUUGGCAUGUCAAGGAUC